UUGUCUGUUGAACAAGUGCCCACACGCAGGGGUUUGCGCGUCUGGGGUCUGCGACCCCACAAGGGGUCGGACUGCGCGGACCCUCCGGGCUCUGGAAGCCCUCGCCCAUCAAUGCCUGGCAGAUGUUCGGCAGUCGGUCCCGGGCAGGCUGCGGGCCCCCAGGGGACGGAGAUUAAGCGGUGGGGCGAGGGGGCAGCGGCGCCGCGGCUCGUGGCCAGCGCCGUGACUCAGCACGGGGGGCGGGCCGGCCGGGCCGGGCCGGGGCGGGGCGCGCCCACCGCUAUAAGGCUCAGGCCGCUGCCGAGCGCGCUGGAGGUUUGCCGCCGCCGCCUUUGCCGACUUCCCCGUCGCCAGGAUGCCGCCCUACACCAUCGUCUACUUCCCGGUUCAAGGGCGCUGCGAGGCCAUGCGCAUGCUGCUGGCCGACCAGGACCAGAGCUGGAAGGAGGAGGUGGUGGCCAUGCAGACCUGGCUGCAGGGCCCCCUCAAGGCCUCCUGCCUGUACGGGCAGCUCCCCAAGUUCCAGGACGGAGACCUCACGCUGUACCAGUCCAACGCCAUUCUGCGACACCUGGGCCGCACCCUCGGGCUGUAUGGGAAGGACCAGCGGGAGGCGGCCCUGGUGGACAUGGUGAAUGACGGCGUGGAGGACCUUCGCUGCAAAUACAUCUCCCUCAUUUACACCAACUACGAGGCGGGCAAGGAGGACUAUGUGAAGGCACUGCCCCAGCACCUGAAGCCUUUCGAGACCCUGCUGUCCCAGAACAAGGGUGGCCAGGCCUUCAUCGUGGGCGACCAGAUCUCCUUUGCGGACUACAACCUGCUGGACCUGCUUCGGAUUAACCAGGUCCUGGCCCCCAGCUGCCUGGACUCCUUCCCCCUGCUCUCAGCCUACGUGGCCCGCCUCAACUCCCGGCCCAAGCUCAAGGCCUUCCUGGCCUCCCCGGAGCACGUGAACCGGCCCAUCAACGGCAACGGGAAACAGUGAGCGCUUGCAGCACUCUCUGCAGGAGGCAGGGGGCUGCUUGCUUCCCUUUCCCCAGGACCAAUAAAACUUCCAAGAGAGAA